AUGGUAAAUCUGAAUGGUGCAAAGCCCUGGUCAAACGCAGAUCCAAGAUGCCGACGAUGCGGUGCUGACAGAGAGACCUUACCACAUGUGCUUGACCACUGUAUGGCCUACUCCACUCUUUACAAGGAACGGCAUAAUGCCAUCAUAGACCGCCUCAUAAAGAUGUGUGAAAAGGAUUUCAGGAUUAUCUCUGCUGACCGUGCCCUUGACGCUUCCCGCCUAAGGCCUGACUUGGUUCUCGAACGCGAUGGUAAAUUUUUCAUUCUCGAUGUUACUAUCCCUUUUGAGAAUCACCUUGGCGCCUUCGCUGAAGCUAGAGCGCGCAAGUUAGAGAAAUACGAAGCUCUCCGUGCCUCCAUCGCAUGUGAACAUGGCCACUGCACUAUAGUUCCCUUCGUAAUUGGUGCGUUAGGGUCCUGGGAUAGAGCCAACGACAAAUUCUUAACCAUUGCCUGCUCUCGCUCCUAUGGACGUCUCUUUCGCAUGCUAUGUGUAAGUGAUGUCAUACGGCAUAGCAAAAACAUCUAUGUUGGACACAUAAGCGGACAAAAUAAUCCAACACCCAACACUGAAGAACAGGAGGCCACGCAGACCAAUGACAAUUAG